AUGGCCCCGGUGAAGCCUGCUUGGGGUGUGCGGGCCGGAGGGCCUCAGGCGCGGGGUGCGCCAGCGGGACGCCUCGGAUUCAAGAAGAAUCGGCAGCAACAGCAGCGGACAUGGCGGGCGAACUCACAGAAUGUUUUCUCCGGCAGUGUCCGCGAGGGACAAGGAUUUGCAUUUCAGAGAAAGCAAAAGAUUCAGCAACAGUACAAGAAAUUGCUAAGGAAAGAAAAAAGGGCACAAAUUUCACAAGAGUCUCAGUUUACAGAAAGAUAUCCAGAGCAUUUAAAACAUCUGUAUUUAGCUGAAGAAGAAAUGCUCAGGAGACAACAUAAAAAAGAAGAACAACAUUUGCCAGAAGAAGAAUGUAGCACAGCAGUGAACCCUGUUAUCCCUCCAAAAAGAAAUAAGAAAAAAACAUCAAACCAAAAGGCAAAAGAAGAAUAUGAAAUGAUACAAGCUAAGCGUGCUGCUAAGAAACAGGAGUUUUUGAAAAGAAAGCAAGAAAGAGAAGAAGCACAAGAAUACUACAAAAAAGAAGAAAAUGGAAGCAUAUAAAAUAUUGAGCAAAAGGACUAAAAAAGGCCAACCAA